UAAAAAAUAAUUGUGUUAUUCGUCCGUUUAAUUCUUUUUCGUCUGUAUAAAAACCACGAAUAAUAGCUCCAAACUGCGGCCAUGAACUUCGACUUGGAUGAUCCAUUGGAUGGCCUCCUGAGCGAUGGCAGCAACGAUAGUCUGUUCGGCAAUGAAACCGCCAAAAAGCCACAACAGCCAACAACGACGGCGACGACAACCAAGCCUGAAACCAAGCAGAUGAAAAUGGAGGAUCUUUUCGGUAUCAAAACAGAUGCGUCUGCUGUGAAAACCGCUAAACCUCCAGCUAUUUCUCCCGGUGAAAAGGAAGCUCCUACUUCUUUGGAUUUUUCGAAGCCCUCAGUUUCUGCUCAACCAUCCAGUUUGAGCAGCUUUCAGACAAAGAAAACGAGUACACCUGUUAAAAAAGUGGAACCGAGCCAGAAAAAGGAGAUUACGUUUGACGAUAGCGAUGUGCUAUCGGAUUUAGGAUUCGACCCGAAAAAGCCCAAGUCUAAAACAAAUAUUUUGGAUGAUAUUCUAGGGACGACAAUAAUAACUUCCAGCAAGGAUAUGAAUACGAAGCAAAAUAAAGCAAAACAGUCUCUAGCGGUCGGGAAAGAGGAAACCGCAGGAAGCAAAACUAUUUCUAGACAGUCCACGGAAACAUCUGAGAAUCUACAAACUGAAAGCACAAUUAUGGGUGGUUACGCCCCCAGCGGCUCCGGUCCCCGUCGGGGUAGUCGUCGGAAAUCUUCAACGGCAAUAAAUGAUCCACUUGGACUGUUCUCAGCACAAGCCGAGCCAAAGAACGAACCGAAGACUGUGAAAAAAGGUGCCGAUUGGUUGGGUCUGAAUGAGGACAGUAUCUCAAAUGAUCCCGAGCCUGUACCGGUUCCACGUGUUGUACAGGAAAUUAUAAAACCUCCGGAGGUUUCCAAACCUCUUACCCCUGUGAUUGAGCUAUCGCCAAGAUCUGACAUUCAUCUGCCAAAGUCAGCUCCCCCACCGCAAGCUGUGUCUGUUCCGUUGAAAACAUUGCUCAAACCUGACAUCGCAACUGCUGCUCAAACCAUGGAACUUCUGCACACGGAAACCCAGAACGCACUGAACACAAUGCAACAACAAGAAUUCCAUCUGAUGGUCGCGAAUCAAAUGAAGCACCAAGAGCAGGCACUUUUCGAGAUGCAACGGAAGCAGCAGGCGGUCCUCCAGCGACAGGAAUCACAAUUCAAUGAACUGUUGCAAAAACAAAUUCAGCGACACAAUUAUUUGGAAGAAGUGAUGGCUAAACAGCAAGAACGCAUUAAUACAAACAUACAAGUGAUGAUGACACAACCCCCGCAAAUCUUCCAGCAUCUCCAUGAGCCGGACACUCCCUGGGAACCUUCUGAAUCAAGAAAAAAACACGCCAAUAACGAGGAGGAAAUGCUGAAUACUGUCGAACUGAAGUCUGAUCUUAAACGACUUGAGCUGGAGAAGCUCCGGCUGGAAGACUUAGUUUCGAACAUCACAGCCAAUCACGAGCAGGAAGUCACAUUGCUGGAGCAGAGCUACAGAAAGCAGAUGGCUUUUCUGGAGGAGAGCUUGAAAAUCAUGGAAACGCGAAUGAAACUUGAGAAUAAAAACCUGGAAGAUUUUUAUAAAGAUAAGUUGCAAAGUCUGGAGGCCGAAAAGCAACGUUUGCUAGACGAACACGCUAAACAGACGCAGGAAAUGGAGGAAAGUCACCGGAAGACAAUUGAAAAGCUUAGAAUCAGCUACGAAGAAAGUGUGAGAAGCUUGAAAGCCGAACACGUGGAAAUGAUAAACAAUAUUAGGGAAUCGAAAAUGUUAGAAUUUUCCGUCCUUCAAGAUAACCAAUCCUACAUGUCGAUGCUGAAGAACGCUUCCAACUAUUUGGAGAGUGCUUCCGGGGACAUUCAACAGCUGAGAGAUACGCUUCAGGAGCAGAUAGAGUUUUCACAGAAAGAGAAGGAAAUUCAGCUAAAGGCAAGAGAAAAGCAACUCGAAGAUCAGCAGCGGAUCCUGGAGCGCACCAAAGUGGCAGCAGAAACAGAAAAGGUUCGAUUGUUGAACCUGGUGGAAAUGUUGGAAGGGAAGCUGACCGAUUUAUCGAAGACUUCCUCCGAAGAGCAUUGGAACUACCAGCAGAAACUGGCCAAAUUAGACUCCGAGAAGCAGAGUCUUGACAAGGAGAAGGAACACGCCCGGGAACGAAUUCUACGCGAAGAAAAGCGAAUCGAGGAAUUGAAACAAUCGCAGCUGGAAGAACACAACGUAUUGCGGCAGAAGAUCGAGAACGAGAAACAGCUCCUGCUGGAAGAGAAAGCCAAGUUGGAAACAUUGUCAAAAAUUCAGAGGAAAGAUUCGACCGAAAUUUCUCGGGCAGAAAUCGAAGCAGCCAUCAAAGUAGCGGAAGAUGCAGCUCAUCAGUCGGAUUUGGAACGGGAGCGAUUGAUUGAGUUACAGCGUCAAUUUGAGAUCAAAAAACGAGCAAUAAUCAAUCAGGGAAGCGUACUCCGUGCAAAAGCCGAUGCGCUGGACAAUGCCACCAGCGAGGCCAAGAUGAAGGAACUGAAUGCCGAGAAUGCUUUCAAGAGUGUAAAAAGAGCAGAGCAAAAUUUACAACUAAAGCUGCAACUCAUACAGAAGCAGUUUAGGGAAAUUUCCGAGCGGGAAGAUCGACUCUCAAGAGACAAGAUUGAGCUGAGCAAGGAACGGCUGGAGCUGCAAGCCGUGAGAAAGCGACUUCAGACGACUCGAUGCAGUUUGUGCAAAAUCGGUGAGCGAACGCAAGAAAUGGGAGAAUAUCUGACCACCGUGACCAAUUCGGAGCCGGUAGCUGACGAUCGCAAACUUGAAGCGAAUUUCUUUGAGCUGCAGCAUCGAGAGAGCGGUGGUCGACUCGACAACUUCUUCGACAGCGAUAUUGAGAAACAGCUGCAAAGUUUUCUGGAAAGAAAUCGAGUUGAUGAUGUGACUUUGAACAUGUUGCCAAACAUAGCUGAGAAUGAAGACGGAACAAUUGACACCGACCUAUUGCUGCUCAAAUUUGAUGUGUUGAAGUCGCAGAGUUCCAUUGACAAUAAUUGACAAUAAUGAUCAGUGUGAGCACAAACUUUACUUUAGAUAACAGUAUACACUCGUAG